AUGGAUAUUAAAAACGCAUUUAAUUCAGCAAAUUGGUACAUUUUGAAGCGGGAGUUGAACAAUCUUAAUCUUAGCGACUCACUACUGGCAAUUGUUUAUGACUUUUUACACCAUCGCUCUGUUGGUUUUAAUUUUAAUGAUACCACCAUCAUAUCUUCAACCAAUAUUGGAGUUCCCCAGGGCUCGUCUUUAGGACCAGUUCUUUGGCUCAUCCUCAUCAAUUCGCUUUUAACUAACUUUAAUUUUAGCAAUAGCAAACUGCUGGCAUUUGCCGACGAUAUCUUUCUCUUAACUAAAAACUCAAUACUCUAUCAACUAGAUAAACAGGCCUCUACUAUUAUUGAGAACCUGACAGACUGGGCCAAGAGCCACAAAUUAGCACUCGCACCAGAAAAAACCUUUGCAAUUACGUUUCCCAAGGGCACAAAAUGUGUCCGUAGACUCCCGUGCAUAAAAAUGGAGGGCACGAACAGCGCAUAUAUUAAAAAUGUUAAGACUCUUAAGUACCUCGGGAUCACCCUGGACCCUCGGCUGAGCUGGAUCCCACACCUUAAGAACCUAAAGAAUGAGAUCAUCGUCUUUUAUGAUAAAAUCAAGCAAUACAGUAGAGCAACAUGGGGCUUAAACCCAGCAAUUCUUAAACUCAUCUACAAACAAGCUAUCGAGAAAAAGAUUAUAUACGGUGCCUCCGUCUGGUAUGCAAAUAAAGUUAAGCUUAAUCAGAAACUUAUUUCCAUCCAAAGAAUUCCCCUGUUAAACAUCACUAAAUGUUACUUCACCACUAGUACGGAGGCACUGCAAAUCCUCGCAGGUAUUACACCAAUUGACCUAACAAUUAGACAAUCCAUCGCAAUUAAGCAACAAUUUUGGAAUAACAAUAAUCAGGAUACCUUCGAUAACGAUUACCAGAUUAAAUACCUGAACGAAUAUUCCCCGCCCCCAAAUUGUACUUACGACCCAACUCAAUUAAGGAUUAUUAAUACGGGAUACAGCGGGCCAAGCGGAACAGGGUACGAAAUAUACACGGACGGAAGCAGAAGGCAGGUAAUUAACAACGAAACCAACGAAUAUGAAUACAAAGUUGGUAGUGGCUUCUUGGUCAAACUUAACGGCGAAACUAUACACCAACAGUCUGUCAGAAUAAAUGACGAAUCAAGUAUAUACCCGGCUGAGCUGACCGCCAUCUACCUGGCUGUUUCUUGGGCAAUUGAGGCAGAUAUACAAGAGUUAGUACUUUUUUCGGACUCCAAAUCCUCAUUACAGGCCCUAGAGAAUCCCACACCAAGGGACAUUAUAGUCGAAAACAUUAAGGGUAUUAUUCAACACAGGAAUUACCGGUUCAACUGGAUCAAGGCUCACUCGGGGGAAGCUGGAAAUGAGGAAGCGGAUGCUCUAGCAAAAGCGGGCACUCUGCUCAGUGGAGUAGAUUUUUACUACUCUAUUACAAGACCACAGCUUAAUUAUAAACUACGGCAGGUCAGCAGAGAUUUAUGGCAAGAAAGGUGGGACCGUUCAUCAAACGGGAGACAUACCAACAAGUUUUUUCCAAAAGUCAGCGAUAAACUUUUAAAUUUUGACUUUUACGUAAACCAAUUCUAUACCGCCCACGGAGUGUUCGGAGAACACCAAUCGAGAUUUUUUCAGAAAUCAUCUAGCUGGAAAUACUGCGGCAAAAGCCAAACGGUUCAACAUCUAAUUGCAGAAUGUCCUAAAUUUUCGACACUCCGGGGGAAUCAUAUUAAAAUCAGGGAACCAAUCGAAAAGUGGUGCAGAACAAAACAACAGCAACAAAUCAUUAGAGAAAUUAUUAAAAGCACACUAGAAGAUACCAUUACAAUGGACGAUCCGAUGGACCCUAUACACUUAGGUUGA